CAUGGUGAAAGACGAGAGGCGGCCGCUAAAAAAAGAAAGACGCCGCUUGCAGACGACACACGACUGGGAAACGGCAAAGUUGGCGCCGUCAUGGCGGCGGAGGAGGCGGAACUGGACGAUUAUUCCGCGUUCGGCGAGCUGAACGACGAAGAGCUGCUGCAGCUCGCCAUCCAGCGCAGCCUGGAAGACAAGCUAGCGGGCCAGCCCGAGCAAAAGGUCAACAAAGUUCAACCGCUUGUAACCGAGCAGCAAGGCCCCGCCCACUACAGCUCGCCAAACCCGCCCAGCCAAAAGAUGCCUGACAUAAAAACCUUUGAGGGCACCGUCAGCCAUUUCACCACCGGCGCCGGGAAGAGGAUGUUGGCUUUUCGCCAAUGGGACGGCACUUUGCUCCACGUGGCGCCAGAACUUCAGGAGGAGGAGGAGCCUCUGUUUCAAGCGAUCCGCGCCGGCGACGUGAGGCGCCUGAAAGUUCUGAUAGCAUCUUCCGGAACCGACUUGACGCUGCCUAGUAAGCCCGGCUGGCUCGCCAUCCAUCAGGCGGCGUCUUCCAACCAGGAGGCGUGUCUCAGGGUCCUCCUGUCGGCCCAACCGGGGACGGUCAACAAGCGCACCCAGCACGCAGAGACGGCGCUGCUGGUGGCGGUGGACAAGGAGCAUCUGCCAUGCGCUCAACUUCUGCUGGAGAACAACGCCGACCCCGACGCGGCCAACCGGGAUCACGAGACUCCGCUGUACAAAGCCUGCGAGAGGGACAACCCGGCGCUGGUGGCGCUGUUGCUCAAUCACGGCGCCGCCGUCAACGCAAAGUGCUACCAGGGCUGGACGGCACUGCACGAGGCCACCUGCCACAACAACGUGGAGAUCUGCCAGAUGCUCCUGAAGGCCGGAGGCAAACACUGCCCCGUCGAUAAUUACGGGAUGACGCCGUUCUUGAUGGCUGCUCAGAGCGGACAGUCGGCUUCCCUUCGUCUCCUGCUCAAGCACGGGGCAGACAUUAAUACCCAAGCCGCCGACGGAGCGACGGCUCUUCACGAAGCCGCUAAGAACGGGCACGCCGACGUCGUGGAGUUCCUGCUUUCGCAGAAAGCCGACGCCAACAUAGCGGGAAAAGCCGGACUGCUGCCGAUUCACAUCGCCGCCCGCAAAGGGAGCGACAACAUCGUGUCCAUGUUGAUCCCAGCCACAAGCAAGGCGAGAGUCCGGCGCACCGGCAUCAGCCCGCUCCACGUGGCCGCCGAGCACAACCGCGACGAAGUCCUGGAGAGCCUGAUCCAGGCCGGUUUCGACGUCAACGCCCGGCUGUGCGAAGAGCGCUCCAGGCUGUACGAGGACCGGCGCAGCACAACGCUCUACUUUGCCGUGGCCAACUACAACGUGGACAACGUCCGCAUGCUGCUGAACGCCGGCGCCGACCCCAACCUGGACGCGUUCGGGCCGCUGCUGGUGGCGGCCAGGCAAAGUUGCAUCGAGAGCGUCAAGCUGCUGGUGGAACACGGCGCGGACAUCAACGCCCGCAUCGCCACCCACCCCACCACCUUCCCCGCCAUCUUCAUGUUCUCCAUGAAGUACCUCCCCAUGUUCAAGUACCUGCUGGACAACGGCGGCGACGCCCUCUCCUGCUUCCACUGCGUCUACGGCAACGGGCCGCACCCGCCGCUCCAAACCGGCAGGUCGCACCCGGGUCACCUGGAACACCACGAAAGACAGCGGCCGACCGGCGGCGUGACAGCAGGUGUUCAGUUCUGCGAAAUGAUCUCGGCGCCCAGCAUCAGUCGGUGGGCGGGGCCGAUCAUCGACGUGCUGCUCGACUACGUGGGUCACGUGACGCUCUGCUCACGACUCAUGGAGCACUUGGACAGCUACGAUGACUGGAGCGUCAUUAAAGACAAAGCUGCGUUGCCGCGGCCACUUUUGCAGCUUUGUCGCAUCCGGAUCGUGCAGCUGGUGGGACGGCGGCGCUUGAAGAACUUGGACCUCCCUGGAAGUUUGAUCCGCUUUUUGCAGCACCAGGAAGCUUAUGUGGACUUGUGAGUCGGUGCACAGGUUUUCUCUUGGGAGAGCCAAAAGCGUGUCUGCGCGUGACGACAAGAUUCCACGAGGAUGAUGGACACGGUUGAGGCGUGUCUUCGUUUGCCAGAUGACAUACGGCUUGUCAUAGCUGUCACGUGACGGCAGCUUGCUUAAUGCUAACAUAACAAAUAGCAUCAAGUGUUGUCUGUCCUUCGAGCAACGACUACUUGACCACCAAGAGUGCAGCAACGCAUGUAGACAUACAGACAAGACGAUAUUCUUUAUAUUUUCUGCUGUGCUGAGAAGCAAGUCCGUCUGUCCUAUACUGCCCUCGUGUGGCCAAGGCGCACAUUGCAAGAUGAGCAGUGUAAAAAAAAAAAAGAAAAUUUAGUUUAGUUUCAUUGCUGUAUAUUUGUAUAAAUUAGGAUAUUGCAGAGUGUUGUUUUCCUCAAUACAAUUUCAUUUUAUUUGUUAACUUUAAAGGAUCAUAAGUAAGGAGAUCUAUGGGAGAUCUCAGUAAUAGGAAGUGAUGUCAUCACAAUAAACACAAUCUUCUUUAAACACAAA